CAAUAAGGAAGUAAUUUGUGCAGCCUACAUUUGUAAUGUGCACCAGUUUCUGGUAAAACGAAACCAAGUGUGAACUUUCGCUUUUCCAGUUUUAUGAAGUGAUUCAGAGGACCUUAGAAGAAUGGCAGACGCGACUCCGUAUAACCAGGACCUUUUCACAUGUCCGAUUUGUUUGGAUCUACUGAAGGAUCCAGUGACUAUUCUCUGUGGACACAGUUACUGUAUGGGCUGCAUUAAGGGCUGCUGGGAUCAGGACGAUCUGAAGGGAGUUUACAGCUGCCCCCAGUGCAGACAGACUUUCUCUCCAAGACCUGUUUUAAACAAAAAUAAUAUUUUUGCUGAGCUUGUGGAGCAGACCAGGAAGACCAGAAUCCAUACUCCUUCUCUUGCUCACGGUUUUGCUGGACCAGGAGAUGUGGAGUGUGACGUCUGCACUGGGAGAAAACUCAAGGCUGUGAAGUCAUGUCUGGAUUGUCUGUUGUCUUACUGUGAAACUCACUUCGAAGUUCACAAUGAUGUAAACCCAGGGAGAAAACACUCAGUGAUUGAAGCCACGGGCCAGCUACAAGAGAGGAUCUGCUCUCAACAUAAGAAGAUUUUUGAAAUAUUUUGUCGAACCGAUCAGAGUUGUAUCUGCUAUCCGUGCAUGAUGGACGAACAUAAAGGCCAUGACACAGUCACUGCUGCAGCAGAACGGACUGAUAAACAGAAGCAGUGCAGGGAGACCCAGAGUAAAAUCCAGCAGAAAAUCCAGGAGAGAGAGAAGGAGCUGCAGGAGCUGAGGAAAGCUGUGGAGACUCUCAAGAGCUCUGCACAGACAGCAGUGGAGGACAGUGAGAGGAUCUUUACUGAGAUGAUCCGCUCCAUUGAGAGAAGGUGCUCUGAGGUGAAAGAGCUGAUCAGAGAUCAGGAGAAGGCUGAGGUGAGUCGGGCUGAAGGACUCCUGAAGCGACUGGAGCAGGAGAUUGCUGAGCUGAAGAGGAGAGAUGCUGAGCUGGAGCAACUUUCACACACAGAGGAUCACAUCCAUUUCCUCAAGUCUUUCCAGUCCGUCAGUGACCCAUGUCAGUCUAAAGACUUAUCCUGCAUCUCUGUGAACCAAGGCGUCUCUUUUGAGGCUGUGAAGAAAUCUGUCUCCUCACUAAAGGGGCAGCUGGAGAAUUUCUGCAAGGAGGAAGUCAUGAAGAUAUCUGCAGCAGUGACUGAAGUCCAUGCCAUUCUGACUGAACCGGUGACAAGAGAGGACUUUUUACAAUGUGAGUUAGCCAGA